AUGAGGAGAAUUGGAGAGGGUUUGAGAAAUAAUAUUGGGAAAUGUUUUUUGAGAGUCAAAGAAUUGAAUUUGAACGGAUUUUUCAUGAUGGAUAGCAAUUUAUUGAAGGACAUUACAAAUCAGUUGCAUGACUUGAAAGAAAUCCAUUUGAAGGAUUGUCUAAGAGUGAAGGAACUUGAUCAUGCUCACAAGUAUGAGAAAAUUCAUAUUGAUAUUGAACAAGUCUCAUUAAGAAGUUACCUCUCUCAACAUCUCAAAGAUAAUAAUCAAUCUUUCGAUCAAAUUGUUAAUAUUGAUGGUGGAUUUUCAAUUAUAGUUGAUUCAAUAAGUAGAAAUGGAGCAAAAACACCAAUCAGAUUUAAAACAAACAAAGUGAGCCAGCUUUACACGGUUGGGGAAUUAAGAAAUUUAUUAAAUAUUGAACGACCAUUUCCAGACACCUCUAAAAUGGUUGCUUUCGGCCGAUUGUUGGAUGACAAGGAAAGGUUAAUGAAUUAUGGAUUUGUUAGAGAUUCUAAAAUAAUUGUCAUUACAUUCUAG